UCCGGCGUCUUCUUCUGGGACACAUGACAGGUCCCAGAAGGCUCCGGGCCAUUCACAAAGCGCAUGCGCAGUGGGCACCCGGCUGUCACAGAAGCCGCCGCGGGAAGAAGAAGGAAGGACAAAUCAGCGGAAGUGGGAGCAGGUACCUGUCAAAUUCAGUCUCUGGUCAUCCCCUGUACUGUGCCCGCAGUCUCUGGUCAUCCCCUGUACUGUGUCCGCAGUCUCUGGUCAUCCCCUGUACUGUGUCCGCAGUCUCUGGUCAUCCCCUGUACUGUGUCCGCAGUCUCUGGUCAUCUCCUGUACUGAGUCCGCAGUCUCUGGUCAUCUCCUGUACUGUGUCUGCAGUCUCUGGUCAUCUCCUGUACCGUGUCUGCAGU